GAAUCCCUUUAUUAAACUUUCAACUUGUUUUUGCAGUGGCUGGUUUUGGUCUAAGAGUGGUAGGUGGUAAAACGGGGGCUGAUGGCCAUACUUUUGCAUACGUGAUGUGGACGGUGCCAGAUGGACCAGCAGCAAAAGCUGGUAUACUGCGGAACGACAAGGUGUUGGAAUGGGGCGGAGUGUCAUUGGUGGAUCGAAGCUACGAGGAAGUCGUCCAGAUAACCGACCGUGGCGACGACGUGGUCGAGCUGGUGGUGGAGCACGUUUCCGAUACCGUGGACAUGCCUGAUGAUCUAGGUACGGUACCGACGGCGGGAAAAGUGCCAGGAAAUAUGGGCCUGCUGAUGGAAGCGGAAACGGAUAAAACGCCCUCGUCACCGACGCGCAGGAAACUGCCAAAGACGCCGGUAUAACGAGUUCAUAAAUUGACACCUACACAUGACCGUCUUCUCUUUCUUUUCUGUCUUUCUCUCAUUUCCACGCAAUGUACACGCAUACGCAUCCUACACAGGUAUAAACCUCGAUUAGACCGAGUUUAUUAGUGUAGCGGAAAGAGAAGUGCGACAGCACCAUCUACGCUUAGCAACCGGAAGGAUCCUCACCGCCUCUCUCGGUCUAUCGCUUUGUAUAUAUCUCACGAUCCGUAUCCAAUGCGAAUUACCGAGCCACCGUACUACGUUACGUAGGAACUCGAUGUGUAGGAACGGAACAAAAAAGAAAAAAAAAAAGUAGCGGCUGCGACGCGGUAGAACGUAAAUCAUCGCCUUCGAUGUAAAUAACGACGUGCGCUCUUCGGUAUAAACGAGACGCGAGAGCACUAACGUUUUCGUACGAUUCGACCAGAGAAAGAACGGAGGAUGAAACGGAAACGCACGGCCACGAACGAAUUCUCCAGCCGGUUAUUCGUUAUAGUUUUGUUCCUCGAGGAGAGAUUUAUUGCCCGAACUCUGUUCACUGGCCACUCGACGAUACCUCGUUGAAUCUCGACACGGUUUUCGGGCGUUCGCGACGGAAGUUUCGACCGGGGCUGAGACUACUUGUUCCAGUUCAUCUGUGUUCAGAUCUAUACUUUGCGAUUCGAAUUCACGACGAAUGUUAUUCGAUUAAUUGCAGUGCCGGAAUAAUAGUUGAUCGGUAAUGUUGGAAAGUAUCGGUACGUAAUUCGAAUACUGGACUAUUUGAACGUGAUUGGGAUACUCGAAUAUUUGGAUAUCGACUAUCAGAAUAUAAUAGGGAUAUCGAUAAAAUAAAUACGAUUCGAAUAUAUCGCGAUACGGAUACUACACGAAUCGAUAAUUAUCCAGAAAAGAGUGCUCAACACCGAUUUCGAUGAUUUUGAAAUCAUCGGAUGGAUUAAAAUACAGAUGCUUAAACUUAAACGUCAUUGAUACAUUCGAUUACAUUAAUGGAUACUAUUUAUAUGUAAUUCCAUUGAUAAUGGAUUAUAAUAACAAAGAAUAUUCGAUGAUAUUAAUUAUAUGAUUCCCUUGGAUAGCGAAUUACUAUACGAUAUAUUCGAAUACGGGUAUUCAAGUCGAGAGAUAUUUAAAUACUGAUAUUUGAAUUGCAAAUGUUCGAAUAAUUUGAAUGGUCGAAUAAUCAAAAAGUCGUAAGAUUCAAACAUUUAUAAAUACCGAAAUACUAAAUUAAUCGAGUAAUCUCAACCCCUAAUUGAGAUAAUACAUUUCCGACGUAUUCCCAAUUCUGCUGCGUGGAAAAUUUUAAGUCCUAAGAUAUGUCGUUUUAUAUUACCAAAAUUCAAAGACUAAGUGUAAAUAUUUCGUAAUAAAAACACGAAAUUAUAAAACAAACAAAAAAAAAAAUAGAACAAACAAGUUCAGAGUGGAAGUACUAAAGGAUUUAACGAUAAGUGUGUGAUAAGAGUAUUUUAAAUGAAAGAAAAAUAUUUUCUUUCGGUUCCUCUAACAAAAAUAUGAAAACAUAUUUCGGAAGGAAUGUUUAAAUAACAAUUUUAAACAUCUUAUAUUUUAUUUCACAUUAUCGUUAUUAGUAAUAACACAUAUCACUUAAUUACUAAUUUAAACCCUUCGCCCUUUUGGUACUUCCAAUUGUUAUCGUUGAGUAGGAAUGGCCGCGAAAUUUGUCUAACAAUGAGUUGCCGUGGAAUUUACAAUUUCAAAAUAGUUCGUAAAAGACAUCGAGCAGCACACUGUACAUAUAUCAAAGGUAAAAUUUUAUACACAUUUGUAUUUCAACGAAGAAAUUGAUGAUUGCAUGAUUAAAAUGAUUCCAUUCUCUUCUGACACGUGACGCGAAGCACAAAAAUUCAAAGAUUUGAUAUUUGUUAAUUUUUUAACACAUUUUGUCCCCAUCGGUGUGUUUAAAGAUGAAUGUAAAUAAUUACACAACCAAUGGUAGUUCUCCAUUUAACAGAGUGCAAUUGUACUUUUAUAUCAAUAUUAAAUAAUACAUAAAAUUACAUUUUACAUACUAUAACGUUAUAUUACCAAAUUCUUCACUCUUCAACUGCUGUGAAUCUUUUUUCACGUGAAAUUUUGUACGACUAAAUUUUUGCAAUUUAAUUUAAGGGAAUUGCGUUACGAUAUUUGUAAAAUGUAAAUGUAAUUCAUUCGAUGCGAUGAUAACUUUCGAAUUGAACUUUGUUUUAUUGUCACAGAAUUAACGAUGUCGUUCAUACUAGCGAGAUCAAAUCUAUUCGACGAAGAAGCAGUUACUUACAAUCGAUAUUGUUGGUACACAGGUUUACAACGAAAACAAAGCUUCACGAAGAUAACUAUGGAAUUGUCUCGUUAUCAUACAAUUACGAAUCUUGUUCCGAUUAACGAGGAGCUUCGUUUCGAUAAAAGUUAUCGCAACAAAAACCAUAAUUCCAUACCGAAGUAUAACUUGUGCAUCGGUGAAAUAGAAUCUCUUUCUUUUUCAACGUUAGAUUACGAGAAGCAGAUCGAGCACAAUAUAUCACUGAAUUAUCACGUUGAAUAUUUAAUUUGUACGUACGUUAAAAUCGUACUUGAUCAACGAGAAGACUCGCAACAAAUCAAAAAUCGUCCAACUACACCGACCAUUCAAUUUGUAUAUUUGUAACGUAAACCGAUAACGAUUACUCUAGACAUUCGUGUUGUACGAUUGCAACAGAGUUCAAACUGACAAUCCAUUUUACACACGGCGAAGAAAACGUGAGAAAACAAUCGUGUACGUCGAAGGACGGAAUUUUUUCAUCGCGGAAUUGUGCAAAAAGAGGCCACCUCCGUUCUGUCUCUUGGAAAAGUCGUAGAAAUCGACGCGAUCGGGCUCGUUUCGGUUUUCGCAACGGAUUUAGGAGAAAAGAAAUAACGUAGGCGUUGAUGAAUGGUAUUAAAUGGUGAUACUUCCCGUGAUUUCAAGUCUUUCCGGAGAUAGAAACUAAUUCGUACGCUUCAGAUCGAUGUUUUUCAUUCGACGACGCUUCAACGAAAAGCAACAAUUUAGUGGAAACGUGCGUCACGAAGACGAAUGUCUUCUGGAUAGAAAGUGAAUUGAAUGCCACGAGCGAGAAACGGUUUCUUGUAUCGAUUCUAGAUGCUGUAUCUAGCUAGGGAUCACCCACGCAUAAAUGUCAACCGUCACUCGGACAAAGUCCUGGCUUGCUAGAGACGAUUUUAUUAUCGUUGUCCUCUGUACGAGUACUUGUAAGCCAUAAUCGUGUAUCUUUGUUUGGGUGGAUCCAUAAUUAUACAGGGUCUCUGACAAUAGGUGUACGUCGUAUAUAAGUAGAAGUUGUUAUGCUCUGAAAUUGGAACAUAUCGAACGACAAUUUUCGUUUGUAGGAAGAUUAUUUUGUUUCAUUUUUUUUUUUUUUUUCGUUAUUAAUAACGGAAUACCGUAUAUUUUUCUCCCUUUCU